CCGGAGGGGCCAAAGGAGGACCCCCCUGUGGCCUUCUGCCCGCCUUCGGAGGAAGACCCCUCGGUGCCCCUGAAUGUGGGGGGCUGGUGCUUCUCCCUCCCCAGGAGCAAAAUCGCCCAGUUCCCGGACUCCUUGCUCUGGAAGGAGGUCUCAGCCCUGGCCCCAAAGGCGGAGGACCAGGAGGACCAGGAGGGUGACCAGAAAGCCAGCGAUGCCACAGCUGUGGGGCGGCUCUUCAUUGACCGGGACGGCUACACCUUCCGCCACGUCCAUUACUUCCUCCACUCCACCAGGCUCUCUUUGUCCAGCUGCGCCGAGCUCAGCCUCCUCUAUGAACAGGCCAUGCACCUGGGCCUCCCCACUCUCCUGCAGACUUUGGACAAUUUAAAGGAGGGGAAGCAUAACCUGCGCAUCCGACCGGCCGACAUACCAAUCGCCGAAAGAGCAUCCAUGAAUUACUGGAGAACCAGAAAGUGCAUCAGCAAGCCCUCUGAGUUUCCUCUGAAAAGCCCCGCAUUUACUGGGCUCCAUGAGAAAGCCCCCCUGGGGCUGAUGGACACGCCGCUCCUGGACACAGAGGAGGAGGUGCAUUACUGCUUCCUGCCGCUGGACAUGGCGGAGAAGCACCCCUCUUUGGUCAGUGAUGACAAUCUGCUCUGGCUCUCUGACAACGCUGUGCUGAUCGAAUGUGAAAGCAGCACAUUCCGCUUCAUAGCUAACUACCUUCGCUCUGAGAAGAUGCUUUUGCCUGACGAUUUCUCCCGCAUGGAGGCCCUGGAAACGGAGGCCGAGGCGCUGGGGAUCCCUGAGGUCAUGGAGGCAGUCAGGAUCUGCAAGGCUCACCUUGGAGUCUGCUCAGAGGAGACGCUUGACCUUCAAGGCUGUGCCAAAAGCCCAGCGGAAAAGCCACCGGAAGCCAUGAAGAAGGGCCUGCCUCUCCCUUUGUACCCAAUGGUUCUUGGCCUCUUGGUCAAGUACCCGGACUCGGCCCUAGGGCAGCUCCACAUGGAGGGCACUCUGGACGGGGACAAGCUCUACAUCUCCGGGAACGGAGUCCUCUUUCAGCAUGUCAUGAAUUGGUUAGGAACCUGCAGGCUUCCACUGAUACGAUCGAUAUCUGAGCUUCCAGAACUCUGUGCCUAUUUGGAUCACAUGGAUGUCACAUACGAACCAAUGAAGGAGGCUUUGAAAAUAUAUUUAAAACAACAGACAUCCACAGACACCGUAGGAAAAGGUGCAAACUGGGUAGCAGACGUAGCUGUCUUUUCACCCCUCCAUAUUGUCAAGGUGUAUGCGGGAAGUCAUUGGUACGCAACUUACUUACAGACAUUAUUAAAGUGUCCGGAGCUGCUGUCCAACAGGAGGAAGGCCAUUUGGAUGGCUUGUGGCCAGAGCCUCCUGAUUCACGGAGACGGAGAGAUGUUCCGCCACAUCCUCAACUUCCUCCGCUUGGGAAGGCUGCUCUUGCCCUCAGACUUCAAGGAGUGGGCCCUUCUGUGCCAAGAAGUGGCAGAGUACCAGAUCCCUUCGCUCCUGGAAGCCCUCCAUCAGUUGGACUCCUGCAGGUUGUCGGUGCAACAGCAGGAAGCGCCAAGGGAAGCCUUUCCUGUCCAGAGUCUUGAGAUCUCAGAGAAGGAACAGGAGUCUGGAGAAGACCCUCAAAAGCUCUUGCAUAUUGCUGUGGCCAGUAACUGGAGUGUAAGGAGAGAGGCACCAGACCCAAACGCAAAUGCCAAAGAGAGUGGAAGGGGAAUGCGUAUUGCCCCAGCCAAAGGAGUGAAGCGACGGAGUCCUUUCUCCGAGGGGUUGGCCAAUCCCUUCAGCCCCAGGCGGCCUGAAAGCCCCCCCAGGAAGAGGGGAGCAAGGGGCAGUGGGGCCAGGAGGUCAGAGAACAAGGACACCCCCAUCCAGAAGCUCAUUUCCCUGGUCCAAGGUUGGGAUAUGGUGAGCUGCAGGCGCUGCCAACCCCAGCUGCCAACCCCUGGACCACCACCACCACCAUCAUUGCCACUGGUGUCCGGCGGCCUCAGGGCAGAAAAAGAGGCUGAAAAGAGAGCCUCUUGCAACCAGCCACUGGCCAGCAGCUUUGAGGUCUCCAGUCCUGGGCCCUCUCAAAACGGCUUCCUCAUCCAACCUGUGCCACCGAAGGCUGGGCAGCCCACGCUAGGCACACUCCCUCCUGAGCGUUGGCUUGGCAAGACAGGAGGAGAUGGCACUCCUGAGGAGGUCCGUCACACCGGAGGAAAGGUUGCCAGCAAAGAGAGAGAGACAGGGCCGUUCCCAGAGCUGACUAGCCACCCGAUCUCCCACAAGCCACAGGGCCACACUGGCUUCAUCCUGAAAGUGGACCAUCCUCCUGUAGUGGCUUGUGAUGGCUCUUGCACAUCUCAUGAAGGGAGCAUUCUCUAUAGCACAUCCCUGGGAGGCCUUAAUCUGGCCGGUGCUCUGGCCGACCCAGCAUCCUCAGAGAUUGUCUUCCUGAGCUUUCCGCUGUCCCAAGAGGAGAUCUUCUAUGCCCGCAAGUGCCACCGUUUCCUCACAGACAUAAUCUUAGAGUCCAUAAGGCAGAAGGACCCCAAAGGGACCACAGCCAGGAUAGAGCUGCUUGUGCAAAGGCUCUGGAGCCUGCAGAUCACGGCCCAGCAGUUUGUGGCUGACUUGCUGAACAUGGCCCCCUUUAAAGCCAGUAGCUCUGCAUGUGAGAAAUUGCUAAAGUGGGUCGAAUUUUCUCUGCCAUUUGCAUGGAAGUACAGCUCCUGCAUUGACCUCCUGGUUAAACGGGGAUAUUUUAAAUCACUCUCUCAUUUUGUCAUAGAGAAGUAUUUACAGAAUUCUGAAUAAAACUCAACUCUGG